AUGUGCCACGGCAACUCAGAACAACAACAACAACAACAACAACAACAACAACAACAACAACAACAACAACAACAACAACAACAACAACAACAACAACGACUUCGCAGCGUCUUCCUCAUCUUCCACACACUGAUGACCAUGAAGUCGUCGGCCAACAAAAGAGGAAAGCUGUUUGGGGCACUUCGAAAUUUGACCCACCCGACACCACUCCACUAUCCCACAGACCGUGAUGUCAACGUUGUGAGCGAACCACCCGAGUACUUCUCCAGGUACUUCACAGAUGACCUUUUUGAAGAAAUUGCACGGUGA